AUGAACAAAUCUAUCGAACAAGCGCUGACAGGCCUGAUACCCUCCUUGAGUGGCCCACUCCCUCCUGAGCUGCUUAACCUCGCAGUAUCCCUGCUUGCGCAAUCCCGCAGCAAGGCCAGUAGCCUAAAGCAGGACGAAGAGAUAGCGCGAGCGCUAAAGCAACCACUCAACCUCCCUCAAAUCGUAUCACGCCCACCAUGCGCACCCAGGGUUUACAAAAAGGUCUACGCCUACUUCAACAGUGCGUUGACGGCACAAGAACCACGAACACCACGGAAACAGAGGCAGCUGGCCACUGAAGCCAACGGCUUGACCCUGUCACCAUCGACGCGGCACACACCUUCCAAGGGCACACCAACUGUCCGAACACCCUCUAGAGCAACACCUCUGAAGCGCAAGAUCGGAGACAUUAGCGGCGACGAUAGCGAAGGACUAAGUUCGACCAUGCCUGCGAUACGGCACCUCUGCAAAGCGUUCAACUUGCCCGCAGCUGCUCCCCACGUCUUUGUAGGCGUCAGCUCAGUCCUCCAACACGAGAACUCCCGAGCGUCUGAACCAACAAGUGCCGCAGGAACACCCACCUCAGUAUUGUCACGAGCAAGAACCCGCAGACCAGCACCACCGUCUGUUCAAGAAGCGCCAGGAGGUGCUAUAGAAGACGCAAACAUACCUGCGUUGAUUGUUGUAAUCUUCUUAUACACUUUCGUGAGGUUGUCAGGUAGAAAGCUCGACCCGGAUCAAUAUACGCAGAUACAGCUGAAAGCAAUCAAAACACUGCUGGAGACCGAAGUGGGCAAGACCAGCCCGAAACAACACGACAUUACAUCUGAUGUCGAGCGUUUACUGCGCCGGGCCCAAAGUGGCUGGCUGAAGCUGGAAUGGUAUCAAAACAUCGCCCCAGGGGAUGAACUACCUCAAGUGGACGACCUAGAUGGAGUCGGCGAUGACAAAGAAGCAGAUAGCGAUGAAAUCAACGUACUAACGGCCAGAAGGACACCUCUUAAAAAACAGCGCAAGGCUGCAGCGUCAAAGAAGGAGUCGGGCUCUUUGCAGAUCGGUCUGGGGACGAUGAUGCAAGACAAGGUGGACUAUCUAAGUGAAGCCCGGAGAUUGGACUUCUUGGAAUGGAAGGCUGGUAUAAUGGCUCGCAUCGAGCAGAUUGAGCGGUAG